AUGAAUCCCGGAUCCUCCCCGCCUCUGGGCCCCAAGCCCUUAUCGGCCCUCCCCUCUCAUCUGCUGAACGGUAGCUCGCCAUUGCAGUCGUCGACGGGCUCCAAUUCGAGCAACCGUGAACGCGAGAGUCUCAAUUCGUCUAUUCGCUCCUCGUUCCGCGGCUCCGUUGAUCUCCAACCCAGCUCCGAGGCGGCAUCGAGCACUGUACCUACGAGCCUGGAUACUCCUGCUGAUAAGCCAAGUUCUGCUUUAAAUGGCCCGCCCCGUGAUCCCCGAGAUAAGACCGGACCGCCAACACCUCCGUCUAUCGUCAGUCGACCAUCGAGUCCUUACACCACGGUGCCGCCAAUUGAUUUUGACGGUCUAAGCUGGCCAUGCCCUGGAACAAAGGAACGACUAGAAGAAUCCCCGGAGCAGCAUGAAGCGCGAGUCAAGAAGCUGUCAGGUGCGGUAAAGACUAUUCUGGAGUGCGUUGGAGAAGACCCAGAGCGAGAGGGCCUUUUGGAAACGCCAGAACGUUACGCCCGCGCCAUGUUGUGGUUUACGAAAGGAUAUAUGGAGAAUGUUCGAGACCUGGUGAAUAAUGCCACCUUCAUGGAGGACCAUGAUGAGCUUGUCAUCGUCAAGGACAUUGAGGUUUUCUCUCUUUGUGAGCACCACAUGGUGCCAUUCACAGGAAAGAUCCAUAUUGGCUACAUCCCUGAUCGUCGAGUUCUCGGACUGUCGAAACUAGCUCGCUUAGCCGAAAUGUUCUCACGUCGUCUACAGGUGCAGGAGCGCCUGACAAAGCAAGUCGCGCUAGCCAUCAAAGAAGUGUUGAAUCCCCGAGGCGUCGGAGUAGUAAUGGAAUCGUCGCACCUUUGUAUGGUAAUGCGAGGUGUGCAAAAGACUACGAGCACUACGACUACUAGCUGUAUGCUAGGCUGCAUGCGAUCGAGCGCAAAGAGCCGCGAAGAGUUUCUAACUCUCCUCCACCGCAGAUAG